CUUCACUGGUUCCUGGGAAACCAGAAGGAUGUUGCUGGAAAUCGUGUCUUCUAUGAAAAUGGAGAUUUCAUCACUCAGUAUUCCAUAGUGAAUUGGCUCAGUUUACAGAAUGGAUCGCUUGUCUUAAAAUAUGUUGGAUCUACAAAAACAGUACAAAAUCUUCUUACAUUUAAUAUCAAAGUGGAGAAGAUCAUAUGGAAAAAUAGCAUCAACAAGAUCCCUAGAUCUCAGUGUUCAGAGAACUGUUUACCAGGAACCUGGAAAGUCUUGAAGUCCAGAAUCUAUUCCUGCUGCUAUGACUGUGUCCAGUGCUCCUCGGGAGAAAUCUCUAACGCCACCGAUAGUCAAAACUGCAAGAAAUGUUCAGACCUUGAUUGGCCCAAUGAGAGGAAGGAUCGUUGUGUUCCAAAACUUCAGGAUUUUCUUUCCUACACAGAUGACACAAUCGUCCUGGUUGUUUCUCUGGUUUCUACUCUACUUUCUUUCCUUACAUUCAUGAUUCUUAUUACUUUUAUUUUGCACCAAGACACGGCCAUCGUCAAGGCCAAUAACAGAAACCUGAGCUUCCUUCUCCUGGUCUCCAUCAUGCUGAGCUUCCUCUGUGUCUUCUUGUUCCUCGGACAUCCAGUGGACCUCACUUGCAUGCUACGUCAGGUCUCAUUUGGAAUCCUCUUCUCAGUAGCUGUUUCUUGUGUCUUGAGCAAAACCAUCAUGGUUUGCAUUGCUUUCAGAGCUAUGAAGCCCGGCAGCUCCUGGAAACGCUGGAUUGGAAGCAAGUGGUCUAAUUCUCUGGUGUUGUUCUGCUCGUCCAUUCAAGUAAUGAUCUGUCUGGUUUGGUUGACUCUAGCACCUCCCUUCCCAGAGCUGGACACUCACUCCAAUCAGGAAAAGAUCAUUGUGCAGUGUAAUGAAGGCUCUGUUAUUGGUUUCUACUCAGUCGUGGGUUAUAUGGGGGUCUUGGCGAUUAUUAGUUUUAUUAUGGCUUUUUUAGCUCGGACAUUACCGGACAGUUUUAAUGAGGCCAAGUACAUCACCUUCAGCAUGCUGGUGUUCUGCAGUGUCUGGAUCGCCAUGAUCCCAGCUUAUCUCAGCACCAAAGGGAAAUACAUGGUGGCUGUGGAGAUAUUCGCCAUACUGACCUCAAGUGCUGGAGUCUUAGGGUGUAUAUUCUUCCCAAAAUGCUACAUUAUCAUGUGGAGACCUGAACUCAAUACAAGAUCACAUUUACUGGAGGGAAGAGGCAGAUAA